AAUUUCCAAAAGGAAGAACCAGGAAGAAGCAAUCACCUCUCAAAAUGGGCACUCAGGCUGCAGCAUUAUCAUCCCUUUCCCUUUCCCUUUCCCCUUUAAGCAGCUAUGCAUUCCUUAGUGCAUCUUCCUCACAAUCGGUCUCUUUUAAACCCUCCUUACUGCCACUCAAGCAUGCCAAUUCCUUCAAAGCAAGAACCCGAGCCGCCCUCGACGAGAAAGACAAGAACUCAAUGCUCAUUAAAGAGCAGCAGCCGAACCAAGAAGUUGAGGAUUGCGUUAAAGUAUUGAAAAAUGCAGCAAAAAGUAGGAAAGUCCCAGCUAAGGAAAUUUUAUCGGCUUUCUCUGUUAUUGAGAAGGCCAAGAUUGAUCCUUCUGGGUUCCUUGAAACUCUGGGUGGACCAGAAUCUCCUGGUAGAACUUGGAUGCUCAUUUUCACUGCUCAGAAACAAUUGAAAGGCGGCCGGUACUUCCCUCUUACGGCGGUUCAGAGGUUCGAUGCUGCUGCAAGAAGGAUCGAGAAUGGAGUAUUUCUUGGACCAAUUGGUUUCUUAACCUUUGAAGGAAGAUUUUCAUGGAAGAACAGAAUUCUGUCCUUCAUUUUCGAACGAAUCCGGAUUAAGAUCGGACCUUUUAACCCUUUAGAGAUCAGUCUUGGCCAGGAAGACGAUAGAGAACCAACCGUCAAGGAUCCCUUCUUUAUCUGGUUUUAUGUAGACGAGGAAAUCGCGGUCGCUCGAGGCAGAAGCGGAGGAACCGCAUUUUGGUGCAGGUGCACUCAUGUCACUACUUGAAUAUACUUCUUUGAAAUUCUGUAUUCAUACUAUGCAAAAUAUGCAUUCCACACUUUGUUCUUAAACUGUAAUACACAACAAAGUUUAACCCCUA